GAGAAACCACAAAAAGUAAGAAAGAUAUAAGAAAUAACAAAAUGGCUCGAGUCUCUUCUCUUCUUUCUUUCUCCUUAACACUUUUGAUCUUUUUCCAUGGCUACGCGGCUCAACAGGGUCAGCAGGGUCAGCAGGGUCAGCAGUUUCCGAACGAGUGCCAGCUCGACCAGCUCAAUGCGCUCGAGCCGUCACACGUACUGAAGAGCGAGGCUGGUCGCAUCGAGGUGUGGGACCACCACGCUCCUCAGCUCCGUUGCUCAGGCGUCUCCUUUGCACGUUACAUCAUCGAGUCUAAGGGUCUCUACUUGCCCUCUUUCUUCAACACAGCAAAGCUCUCCUUUGUGGCUAAAGGACGAGGUCUUAUGGGAAAAGUGAUCCCUGGAUGCGCCGAGACAUUCCAAGACUCAUCAGAGUUCCAACCACGCGGAGGCGAGCAGUUCGAGGGUCAGGGUGAAGAAGGUCAAGGUCAAGGUCAAGGUGAAAGGCAGAGGUUCCGUGACAUGCACCAGAAAGUGGAGCACAUAAGGAGCGGUGACACCAUUGCCACAACACCAGGUGUAGCACAGUGGUUCUAUAAUGACGGACAGCAACCACUUGUCAUCGUUAGCGUCUUCGAUCUAGCCAGUCACCAGAACCAGCUUGACCGCAACCCAAGGCCAUUUUACUUAGCCGGAAACAACCCACAAGGCCAAGUAUGGCUACAAGGACGAGAGCAACAGCCACAAAAGAACAUUUUCAAUGGAUUCGGACCCGAGGUUAUUGCUCAAGCUUUGAAGAUCGAUCUUAAGACAGCGCAACAACUUCAGAACCAAGAAGACAACCGUGGAAACAUUGUCCGAGUCGAAGGCCCUUUCGGUGUCAUUAGGCCACCUUUGAGGGGCCAGAGACCUCAGGAGGAGGAGGAAGAAGAAGGACGACACGGACGACACGGUAAUGGCUUAGAGGAGACCAUCUGCAGCGCCAGGUCCACUGAUAACCUCGAUGACCCGUCUCGUGCUGACGUGUACAAGCCACAGCUUGGUUACAUCAGCACUCUCAACAGUUACGAUCUUCCCAUCCUUCAUCUUGGCCUAAUAUGUCCAACAACACCACAAUGAUGGCAAACAGGUCGAAAAACUCGUCGAGGUGCACUCCGCAAUAACGCAAUGGUGCUUCCACAGUGGAACGCAAACGCGAACGCGAUUCUUUACGUGACAGACGGAGAAGCCCAAAUCCAGAUCGUAAACGACAACGGUAACAGAGUGUUUGACGGACAAGUCACUCAAGGACAGCUAAUUGCCAUACCACAAGGUUUCUCGGUGGUGAAACGCGCAACAAAUAACCGAUUCCAGUGGGUUGAGUUCAAAACAAACGCAAACGCGCAAAUCAACACUCUUGCUGGACGAACCUCAGUCUUGAGAGGUUUACCAUUGGAGGUCAUAACCAAUGGGUUCCAAAUCUCACCCAAAGAAGCAAGGAGGGUCAAGUUCAACACGCUCGAGACCACUCUGACUCACAGCAGUGGCCCAGCUAGCUACGAAAGGCCAAGGGUGGCUGAAGCUUGAAAGCUUAAAAUGGCGGCAUAACAAUGAACCCCUACUGUAAAAGGAAGUUAAAUAGUACGUAGUAAUAAUAAUAAUAAUGUACGAAAAUGUGACUAGUUUUGUUGAGGUUUACCUGUAAAAUGCCACUCCUUUUCUGAAUAAAAAAACUUUCUUUUC